AUGUUCUUCGAUCCAAAUACUAACUUUGUAGAAAACGAAAAGGGUUAGCAAAAAGGAAUGUCCAGGCCUUUGUAGAACCAGUAUUAGGUUAGACCUCAGACAUUUCCUAAUCAAUAGCAAAAUAUCUUAUAAAGAUAGCAACUAUAAUAAUAAAAUUAAGCUCUACCUAACCAAUAAAUUACAUAAAACCCAAUCAAUAAUGGUCCUUAAUUGAAUGAAAGAAUAGCAAGAUUAAGAUAAGAAUAAAUGAUGGAAGAUUAGCAAGAUUACAACAUAAUUUAGGAAAGAAUUGAUUAAAUUUUAGAGAAAGAUCCAAAGAAAUUAGAAGAAUAGAAAGAAUUAGAAUAUCAGGAAAAGUUGAAAAAGAAUCCAUUUAUCAAGCAAAAAUACACUCUUAGUUUGGACAAUGAUAACUUAAAAAUGCUUAUUUUAUUUAACACAAAGUAAAACCCUGAUUAUAAGCUCUAACAUUAUAUGUACUUCUCAAAUUAAGCGAAAGCUAAUUUCUAGAUAGGCUAAUACAAUAAAUUCCACUUUUAAAAGGAUGAACCUAAUUUAAAAUUCUAUCUUAAAUUUAGUGAUAAAGAACCUGAUUAUGUAUUGGUCAGAAGAUCUAAACUUUUAAAAAAUUAUUCACUCCUCUCCACUGACUCUGUUGAAAAUGAAAAUAAAAAAACCAUCGAAACAAUCCCAUAUAGAGGCUUCUAUUCAAACUAAUAUGACUACUAAUUCUUCAAAAUGUAAAUGCAAUCUGAGAAAAUUAACUUCACAGAUUGA